CUCCCUGCAGGAGGCGCCAACAGACAGAUCAGUGACCUCAAGUUCAAGCUGGCGAAAUCGGAGCAGGAGGUCACGGCGCUGGAGCAGAGUGUGGUCAGGCUAGAGGGUCAGGUGGCACGCUACAAGUCGGCGGCCGAGAACGCGGAGAAGGUGGAAGAUGAGCUCAAGGCGGAGAAGCGGAAGCUGCAGAGAGAGCUCCGCUCCGCCCUGGACAAGACCGAGGAGCUGGAGGUGAGCAACGGGCACCUGGUGAAGCGUCUGGAGAAGAUGAAAACCAGCCGCAGUACCCUCCUGUCCCAGCAGCAGUGAGGGCGACGGCCCCUGGGACGGACUGGCCGGGGCCGCCUCCUCCCUGCACCCUGAGUCCACACGCCCCACGUCCACUGCUGCUCCCGCUGCCAGAGCCCUGGGUGCCCCUGCGGCCGGGUGGCCCUUGGGAAGGGGAGGCGGCAGGAUUCGGAGGGGCCGCUGAUAAGCACACGGGCUGGGCGGGUGGGGGGCACGCUGCCCCCGGGAACUGAGGACCGACGGGUCUCUUUCCUCGCGGGGGGCUCCGUGGGUACGGCCUCUCAUGGCAGAAGCGGCGACUCCCGGAGGACUUUAGCUCGCUGCUGAGGGAAGCACUGUGGAACCACAAGCCAUCACAAGCAGGGCUCCGCUGGUCGAUGUGGCCGUCUUGAGGCUUCCUGGCCCCUCCCCUCGCCAGGAGGUUUUUCUAAGGGACUUUAACACCCUUCCAUCAUGGGGACCUCUCCUUUUGUUUCUUCCCAGGGGAUUUGGCCGCUGCUUCACUGAAAAGAGCUUUUUAAUUGCGUUGUUUCACCCGUAUCUUGGGACUUGAUGUUGUUCACCUCUUUUUAAGAAUGUGCUCCUAGAAAAAUUAAAAAAAAAAAAAGGUUAAAAGCCUUCA